AUGCCGGCACCUCAGUGGCAAUCCCACUAUAGAUCUUUCACGUAUACUCAGGGGUAUGCGACGGUUCAAUGUUCAUGCUUGAGAAGUCUAUCCGAUGCGGAGCUUCGUCGACAACUUCCGCCACCUGCAUCAAAGUGUCCCCGAUGCCACUAUGUAAUUAAUGUGCUGAAGCCGGAAUGUUCAACUGAGCCAGAAAAAGAAAACCCCGAAUGUCCAACUGAGGCAGAAGAAAAGAACCAAGUGGAAAAGUCUGUGGAAGAUACAAGAAUUAAUGUGAAAAAGCGCAAAUGUCCAACUGAGGCAGAAGAGGAAAUCCCCGAAUGUCCAUCUGAGGCCGAAAAAGAAAACCACGAAUGUCCAACUGAGGCAGAAGAAAAAAGCCAAGUGGAAAAGUCUGUGGGAGAUACAAGAAAAAGAGUCUAUUGUCGACAAUGUGACAAAGAUUUUGCAAAGAAAAGUCAUCUGAAGGAACACAUUCGUGUUAAACAUGAAGGUAAAGCCUACGAAUGCGUAACCUGCCAUAAGAAAUUGCAAACAUAUAAAGGACUUCAAAUACAUCGAAAAUUUCAUGAAGAUAUCGGAAUGAAAUGUGGAGAAUGUGAUGAACGGUUCACAUAUAAGUCAGACUUGGAUAGACAUUACAGAGCACUUCAUACAAGUUUAGAGUAUAACUGUGACCACUGUGAACAGACAUUUAGUUGGAAGGCGACUUUAAAUGAACACAUACGCUCUGCACACAAAGGUGUAUAUUUCGAGUGUGAUGAGUGUGAACUGUCGUUUGUUCGAAAGUGGAAUUUAGUAAAACACAAGAGAGAAGUACAUGAUGGUGAAAAAUUCAAUUGUCCCCAGUGCGAUAAAACAUACUCCACUAAAAAUUUCCUUAAGCAACAUGUACAGGUGCAUCAUAAAGGUGUAUAUUUUUCAUGCAGCAAUUGUGAUAAAAAGUAUGCUACGAAGUAUCGAUUAAGUGAACAUAUGAAAAGUUGUAUAACAAAAUAAAGAAUGAUCUCUUCGAAAAAUUAAUCAAAGCAGACAGCUGAAUGAACAGCAGUCAUUUUUAUUCUAUUACAGAUGAAGUGCUUUUACCUGUUAGAUGGGAUUAUUUUUAUUUUACUAUUAUUAUUGCUGUGUCCCACCCUCCCUUCCAACGGUACCCACCACCGACACCCACUCAAGAAUCAAUUCAAAGUUAUUUACAGGAUAAAACUUACUCUCACUAU